GCAGCCUGACUUCCUCCCAGCACAUUCCUGCACUCCAGCUGCGUCCACACUGCCCCGGGGACCCAGGCCAGUGCCCAGAGCCCGCGGAGGCCCCCAGUAAGCCCUCCGGCUGGGUCCUGCCACGGUGCCAGCAGGUGGCCUUGGGCUGGGAGCUGGGGCUCUGUACAGGGCACACAGCCCUGAGACCUCAGAGGGCUACCCUUUGAGGGUGGCCAGGCCGCCAGCGGCCCUCACCUCUGUCCCCAGCCUGCUGGCCCCUGGUCCCACUGGCUCCCCAGAUGCCUGGCUGAGACUCAGCAGUGGCCCAAGCUGCCCCUGCCUCCUCCUGGCCCCGGAGGUUGCCACUGCAGCAGGCGACUUGGGCGCCAGGCAGCUAACGGACGCAGCCGCUGGCCCGAGCAGCAGCGGCAUGGGCAGCGCCAGCCCCAGCCUGAGCAGCCUGCCCCCCAGCCGCCUCCUUCUGCCCCCCAACACUGUGCUGCGGACAGGCCCCGAGAAGGCGACAGCCGGGGUGGCGGGGCCCGACAGAGGGGACUGGAGCCCCAGCCCACCGGCCACGCCCGAGCAGGGCCUGCCCACCUUCUACCUCUCCUGCUUGGACAUGCUGUACCCCGACAACAGCAGCUCCGCCAAGGCCCCGGGGCCCAGCAGUCGGGACGAGCCGCCUGAGGAGCCCGAGCAGUGCCCAGUCAUCGACAGCCAAGCGCCCGGGGGCAGCCUGGACUUGGCGCCGGGAGGGCUGAGCCUGGAGGAGCACUCGCUGGAGCAGGUGCAGUCCAUGGUGGUGGGCGAGGUGCUCAAGGACAUCGAGACGGCCUGCAAGCUGCUCAACAUCACGGCAGACCCCAUGGACUGGAGUCCAGGCAACGUGCAGAAGUGGCUGCUGUGGACGGAGCACCAGUACCGGCUGCCCCCCGUGGGCAAGGCCUUCCAGGAGCUGGGGGGCAAGGAGCUGUGUGCCAUGUCGGAGGAGCAGUUCCGCCAGCGCUCGCCCCUGGGCGGGGAGGUGCUGCACGCCCACCUGGACAUCUGGAAAUCAGACAUGAACAGUCUCCGCGUAUACACUGUUCUGUACUUGACAGUGUACCUGCAGCUUGUUCCCAUCGGGAUCCACUCGGCUGCCCUAUUCUUUCUCAAGGCUGCAUGCCAACCCCAUCUCCUCUCAGGGGCACCCACGCUGUGCCCUGCACAGAGCCCACCGCGUUGGAGGCAGCGCUUGCUCCCGGCCUGGAUGAAAGAGAGGACCUCCGCCGGGGCCGUCCACUUCUGUGCCUCGACCAGCGAGGAGAGCUGGACGGACAGCGAAGUGGACUCGUCCUGCUCAGGGCAGCCCAUCCACCUGUGGCAGUUCCUCAAGGAGCUGCUGCUGAAGCCCCACAGCUACGGCCGCUUCAUCCGGUGGCUCAACAAGGAGAAGGGCAUCUUCAAAAUUGAGGACUCCGCCCAGGUGGCCCGGCUGUGGGGCAUCCGGAAGAACCGCCCCGCCAUGAACUAUGACAAGCUGAGCCGCUCCAUCCGCCAGUAUUACAAGAAGGGCAUCAUCCGGAAGCCGGACAUCUCCCAGCGCCUCGUCUACCAGUUUGUGCACCCCGUCUGAGGGCGGGCCAGGCCUCCCUCCGGCUGCCCCGGCCCAGCAGACCCUGCGCUGGGGAGGGGGAGUCUGCUGGCAUUCCGAGUCCAAGGUCGGGGAGGGGAGGCACCGCUCCCAGAGUGCAGUGAGCUCUCUGCCCCCCGCCGCCCCCCCGGGGGUGCUUCCUCCUCAGGCCCCUCUGUUCCUGUGCCCAGCCACUCGGCCACUACAGGACGGGGGGCACCUGGCUGCCCCCAGUGUUCACAGCCCACAGGGAAGGCACGCCCUGCCCCCAUCCCAGCAUUCCCAGAGCAGACCUGACAGAAUGGCAGUGACUGUCCGAGGCCACUCACAGUCCAGUGCUCUCUGCCACCCGGGCCUGGCAUGGUGCUGGGAGUGCGGAGCCAGAGGUGCCCCUGGGAGUGGGUAAUAAAAAUACCAGGAAACUGA